UCCUUUGGAUUCCCAGGGGGCAUCAGUGGAAUUGCUACAUCCUGAAUAGCGUUGAAAGAUUAGCAUCAGCGGUUCUCCGAUUCCUUGGCUUUCAGUAUUUCAGAAUAGUAUGGCAAAGGUUGCUACGGCUGGUCCUUUAUCUUCUGACUCUUCGUUUUGGUGGGGGUUCUGGGAAGGUGGGGGCAGGAGUUAAAAGGAAGACACCAUCGGAAUUGAGAGGAGAGCAGUUAAAACAAAGGAACGUUAUAGAGCUUGUAGAUGAAUCUCCAGCUCCUUUGCUUGGUUCUACAAAGAACACAAUUGAGCUCAAGAAACAAGAUGCAUUCGAAGUUCCAAGAUGCAUUGACACCCGUAUGGAUGGAGUUUUUCCUGCCAAAAAGUCUAGGUUUAGGAUGCUUUCUGGAAAAGAAAAUGCUAAGGAAGAUAUUUCAGCUGCGCCAGCUGGCUGCUUGAAGAAUAUCUGUGUUUCUUUGAAUUCAGUUGUCAAGAGUCAUCCACAACUUUCAUGUCCAGAGAAUACUGUGGUUUCAGCUGCAGUUUCCAAAGAUGGUACAAGGCAAGAUUGUGAAUAUGCUGAAAAGUGCAGUCAAAGCACAUUUCGUAGUGUGGCUGAAUUAUCACUUGGUAGUGAGAGGAUAUCUGAAAUGGCUGUUGUUGAUAUGGAUAAAGCAUUAAAAGGACUGGUUGCCUGUGAACCCCGUGCUUUUUCUGGUUUAGCUGCUGAUUCUUCUGAAAAGUUCGGCAAUUUUACUUCAAUCUCUUCUGGCCAUUUCUGCUCUGAAUUUCAUAUUCCUGGGCAGAAGGCCCCACUGGAUUUUACAUUAAAAACUAAUAUGCAGAUAGUGUCUUCUUCCUCUGUGAACUGGUUUCAUAGAUUGAACAUGUCUGCUACUUACAAUGGUACAACCCUAUCUACACCGCAAUUUGGUUGUUCCAAGGAUCAAAAUAUUAGCUGCUCCUCUGGGAUCACUUCCACUGCCCAAAUAUUCAAUUAUAGAGCUUUGCACUCAUGGGUGCACCCUCAGUCUUCUCUACCACCUUCUGUCAUAUCAGCAUGGACCUUAUCUGCUGCAGAUGGAGUCAAUUUAGUGGAAACGGAUUUCUUAAUCAAACGACAACUAGCAUGGGAAGACUCAUUUCGAAGUCUCUAUUACAUGCUUAGAAAGAAUAUCUGUAAUAUCUUCUAUGUUUGUACUUCACAAUUUGUGGUGGUGUUUGCUAGUGGUGACGGCUCAGGAGAAAAGAAACAGUCCUCUAAUGCUUAUAUCUCCCAGUCAACAAGAGGCUUAAGGAUCCCAAAAUCCCCCUGCCCUGGGGUUCCCUCCCAAAGGAAGACCCAGAUAGAGUAUAGGCCAGCCUGA